CUUGGGGCUCCUCACGUCUCUGCAGUGCUCAGGCAGGUGUGUGCGGGUGUCCCUGCAGCGGCCUGACGUGUCUUUGCCCAGCCGGAGGCCCCCACGCACAGCCCAAACCAAGGGGCCGCCUGCAAGGUUCUCGCGUGGCCGUGGGGGUGCCCUCGGCCCCAGGAUGCCCCAGGGGGAGUAGGAGUCGCAGAGCCCAAGGCUUGGCCCCGGGGGCCCCCCCCCCACUCUUCGGCCCCACCAUGGGGCCCCUGGCGGCUGUGCUGUGUGUCUGGAUGGCUCUCGGUGGGGUGGGGGCUCUGGACCCCUCGGCAGACCCCUCGACCCCCCUGGGCCCCGCAGAGCAGGAGCAGGGCCAUUACCUGGCACAGCUGUUCGGCUUAUAUGGAGAGAACGGAACCCUGAGCAUCGCCGGCCUCGCUCGGCUCCUACACAGCCUGGGCCUGGGCCGGGUUCAGGGACUUCAGCUGGGCCACUCAGGCGUUGCGGGGGGUCGGGCCGGGCCCUCCCCUGGGGACAAUGCCACCCACAGGCCGCCAGACUCGGGGCUCCGCGUGGAUGUCUGGGCAGGCCUACCCCUGGGCUCCCCCGAGUGGAGGGAUCCAGAGAAGCCGCCGUCCCCCGGCCUCGGCCUCUUUCACAGGCUUCUGCUGCUGGACCACUCGCUGUCUGACCAUCUUAAUGAAGAUUGUCUGAAUGGCUCCCAGCUUCUCGUCAAUUUUGGCUUAAGCCCGGUGGCUCCCCUGACCCCUCGCCAGUUUGCCCUGCUGUGCCCGGCGCUGCUCUACCAGAUCGACAGCCGGGUCUGCCUCCAGCCCCCGGCCCCGGCCCGCCGAGGGGACCUGCUGUCUGCCCUGGCCCAGAGCGCCCUGGCCGUCCUGGCACUCAGUGCUUUGGCUCCCUUCUCCGUCCUGCUGUUACGAGUCCUGGGCUCCCGGCGGCUGCGUCCUCUGCUGGGCUUCCUGGGGGCACUGGCCGUGGGCACGCUUUGUGGAGAUGCUCUGCUGCACCUGCUGCCGCAUGCUCAGGGAGGACGUCACGGCGGGGACCUCGGCCCUGGCUUGGCCGUGCUGGGAGGCCUCUUCCUCCUCUUCGUCUUGGAGAAUCUGCUCGGGGUUUUCCGUUGGGGUGGGCUGCAUCAGAGAUGCUGUAGGCAAACCAGAAGAGAUCCUGGAAUUCAAGACCCAGAGAAUGUCUGCGGAACAACUCUUCAGCCCCUGAGGGCAGACCCAGGUAAUAUCCAAAUGGGGCCAGACUUGGAGAAUGCAGGACCCGCAGGCAGGAACUCUUCGACUCAAGGGCUGCAGGAGCCAGGAGGGCCGCCUUCCCCAGGCCCGCUUCCUCAGAGACGGCAGGGCCACGCACACAGCCACGGCCACCCAGGCAGUGGGAACACUCAGGUUACCUGGAUGGUCCUGCUGGGAGACGGACUGCACAACUUCACGGAUGGGCUCGCCAUUGGCGUCGCCUUCUCUGACGGUUUCUCCAGCGGUAUGAGCACUGCCCUGGCUGUCCUGUGCCACGAGCUUCCCCAUGAAUUGGGUGAUUUCGCUAUGCUCCUCCAGGCUGGGCUCCCCUACCGAAGGCUUCUGCUGGUGAGCUUGGUGUCGGGGGCCCUGGGGCUGGCCGGUGCAGCCCUGGGUGUGGGCCUCAGCCAGGGCCCAGCACCCUUCACUCCCUGGGCUUUUGGGAUGACGGCCGGGGUCUUCCUUUACGUGGCGCUUGUGGACAUGCUCCCCACCCUGCUUCAUCCCCCAGAUCCCCCGCCUACAUCCUCUGUCCUGCUCCAGGGGCUGGGACUGCUUCUGGGGGGCUGCCUCAUGCUGACCAUUACCCUGUUUGAGGAGCAGCUGCUUCCCCUGCCCUUGGACGGCUGAAGCGCAGGCCCGCGGGAAGAGGCCGCCGUGCAGGAAGGGGCCACCGUUCCUCCCCCUCCCACCCCUAUCCCAGGAACAGAGGCGGGACACAGGGCCGAUAGGAGCAAUAGGACUUUAAUAAACAGAACCCAUCCCAAAA